UCCCACCCAGUCCAGUUUAAGGAGAGGGAGGGAGAGAGAGAGAGAUGGGUCGUGGAAGCCAGUCGUAUGUAAAGACACGAGACAAUCUUUGGUCGUAUGUGCAGUCACUGUGAACCGGCCCCGGGAGAGAGCUGUCGGACUUCACAAGGGUGGGAAUAUCUCCGGGAAGAAGCAUCACUGAGAACAGUUUUCUCUCUCUCUCCCUCCCACCCCCCCCUCCCCUCCCCCCCAUCCCUCCCUCUCCCUCCCUCCCUCUCCUUCCCCCUCCGUUGGUGAUCGACCUCGCCACUGAGCCCGGUGAACUGGCGGCGCAUGUUCCCGUCCCGGCGUGCGUCCGCAGUCCGUAGACUCUGGAGGGGCCGCUGCCAGAAUGGGGGUCUUCAGGGCGGGUUGAAGCCCCUGACUCACUCGCUCUUCAAGAGGCUGCGGGAGGACCAGCUGGAGAUGCUGGCUCGGGCGGUGGAGGCUGGGGCAGCUGAGGAUCGCGUAGGGUGUGUGUCUCUGGCAAGGAGCGGGGUCAACCACUGGCCCCAGGUCCUGACCUGCAAGCUAUUCCGCUGGCCAGACCUCAGAUGGCCCCACCAGCUCAAGCACCUCUCCAUCUGCGACUGCUCCAGGAGGAGUGUGGAAGAUUCUGGCCUCGUCUGCUGCAACCCAUACCACUUCAGCCGGCUCUGCGAUCCUGAAUCUCCGCCACCACCUUACUCCAAGCUAUCACCAAGCAAAAACCAGAACAACAUUGAUGACUUCCUGGAACACAACUUUGCUUACGACCAAGGGGCGAUAGAACCGUCCAACAACAGCAGCGACCUUUGGCCAGAUUUUGGCUUGGGCCCGCAUCUGUCAAGAGAGGCCCAUUGGUGCAGCGUGGCCUACUGGGAGCACAGGACCCGGGUGGGCAGGCUCUACGCUGUCCACGAGCCCUCGGUGGGGGUCUUCUGCGACCAGCCCCGGGGAAACGGCUUCUGCCUGGGCCAGCUCCACGUGGCCGACCGGCACGAGAUGGUGAGGAGGACCCGGGGCAAGAUAGGCCGGGGCAUCCUGCUCAGCCGCGAGUGGGACGGGGUCUGGGCCUACAACCGCAGCGAGCACCCCGUCUUCGUCAACUCCCCCACCCUGGGGCCCCCCAACUCCCGCAGGCUCUCCGUCCACAGGGUCCAGCCCGGCUACUCCGUCAAGAUCUUCGACUACCACAAGGCCCGGGCCUUGCAGAGGACGGCCAUCUUGGAUUUUCCCGAUGGCCCCUUCGACCCCAACAGCAUCCGGAUAAGCUUUGCCAAAGGCUGGGGCCCUUGCUAUUCCAGACAGUUCAUCACCUCUUGCCCCUGCUGGCUGGAGAUACUGUUGAACCACUCGUGAAGGAUUGUCCGCCUCUCGUCUAGACUUUAGAGACACAUUGCGGAAACGGGCCCUUCGGCCCAACGAGCCUAAGCCGACCGGCAACACACUGGCACUAUCCUACACACACUAGGGGGCAAUUUACAAUUUACAGAAGCCAAUUAGCCUACAAAAUUGUACUGUUGGGAGUGUGUGGGAGGAAACCGGAGCACCCGGAGAAAACCCACGCAGGCCGCCGGGAGAACGUGCAAACUCCGUGCGGGCAGCACCCCUGGUCAGGAUCGAGAACAUAGACGAUAGGUGCAGGGGUAGGCCAUUCGGCCCUUCGAGCCUUCGAGAGGAAAGGAAGAGGCGGAGGCUGUGGGGGAGCUGGGGAGGGGAGGGGAAGGAGGGAGAAAGCAGGGACUACCUGAAAUUGGUGAAGUCAAAAUGUUCAUCUCGCUGGGGUGUAAACUACCCAAGCGAAAUAUGAGGUGCUCCUCCUCCAAUUUGCGGUGGGACUCACUCUGGCCAUGGAUGAGGCCCAGGACAGAGAGGUUGGAUUGGGAAUGGGAGGGGGAGUUGAAGUGCUGAGCCUCCGGGAGAUCAGGUUGGUUAUUGCGGACUGAGCGGAGGUGUUGGGCCGAAACGAUCGCCAAACCUGCAUGUGAGUCUACAUGUUCAUAAGUGAUUGGAGCAGAAUGGAGAUGAGGAGGAAUUUCUUUAGCCAGAGGGUGGUGAAUCUGUGGAAUUCAUUGCCACACAGACGGCUGUAGAGGCCAAGUCCAAUGGGUAUUUUUAAAGCAGAAAUUCUUGAUUGGUACGGGUGUCAGGGGGUAUAGAAACAUAGACAAUAGGUGCAGGAGUAGAGGCCAUUCGGCCCUUCGAGCCUGCACCAUUCGCCAUUCAAUAUGAUCAUGGCUGAUCAUCCAACUCAGUAUCCCAUCCCUGCUUUCUCUCCAUACCCCCUGAUCCCUUUAGCCACAAGGGCCACAUCAGUCAACAAAAUAGAGAGAGUACAGAGGAGAUUUACUAGAAUGUUGCCUGGGUUUCAACAACUAAGUUACAGAGAAAGGUUGAAUAAGUUAGGUCUUUAUUCUCUGGAGCGCAGAAGGUUAAAGGGGGGACUUGAUAGAGGUCUUUAAAAUGAUGAGAGGGAUAGACAGAGUUGACGUGGACAAGCUUUUCCCUUUGAGAAUAGGGAAGAUUCAAACAAGAGGACAUGACUUCAGAAUUAAGGGACAGAAGUUUAGGGGUAAUAUGAGGGGGAACUUCUUUACGCAGAGAGUGGUGGCGGUGUGGAAUGAGCUCCCAGUGGAAGUGGUGGAGGCAGGUUCGUUGGUAUCAUUUAAAAAUAAAUUGGAUAGGCAUAUGGAUGAGAAGGGAAUGGAGUGCAGGCAGGUGGGACUAAGGGAAAAAAAAAAAAUUUGUUCGGCACGGACUUGUAGGGCCGAGAUGGCCUGUUUCCGUGCUGUAAUUGUUAUAUGGUUAUCUAACUCCCUCUUAAAUAUAGCCAAUGAACUGUGUGGCCUCAACUACCCUCUGCUGGAGUAACUCAGCUGGACAGGCUGCGUAUGUGGAGAGAAGGAAUGGGUGACGUUUCGGGUCGAGACCCUUCAGGCUGAGAGUCGG